AUGACAAAGAACCGUGGCUUUUGGUGGACACAUUCUGAAAAGGAACUAACGAAACUGAGAUUUUCAGCGUCGUUCGAUGCUUCUUGCGAGGGCGGAUAUGACGGCAUUGAUAUCAAAGAACCGGAAGCUCUGCUAGUCUCAAAUCGUCCGAAUCUGCAAGCAUCCUCACGAACACCGGAAAUCACAGCUGUGAACCGUCUCCCUCAAGAAGAGACCCGAUCCAUCAAUCAUUUCUCCCCCGUCACAGGCCGUCAUGUUUCACGAGUGGACAAACCGCAUCCGCCGAUGCAUCGAACGCAGAGUUGUGGAACGCCACAAUCGUCCAGCAUCAUCUCUCACUUCAAGGGUCUUAUCAAUUCCUUCAACAAUCUCGGCUGCGGAAGUCGAAUGAGUCGAGGCGUUUCUGUAGAUGAGACUAAUCGGCUCGUUGCCGAUCAGGAUCGGGACACCAGCUACAAAAUGCGAAACAGUACGUCGACAGGAUUGCGGAUUUCGCCGGGGGUGACAACAACGAAAAUCGCUGCUCGAGUGAAUGCCCCACCGGACGAAAACGAUGAUGAGAAAGAGCAACGGAGACUACGACGGCUCCGAAGGCGAAGCAUCGAAAGCAACCUGCGGGUUCCGUCUCCACCAGAAGUACAGCAGCCGCCAGCACCACCACCACAGCAAUCGCCGGCACGGUAUGGUAUCGUACAACGAUCCGUCGUUCAUGCUCCAGUAGAAAGUGUGGUGAAGAUGCGCGACAACGGUGAAGACGAGGAGUUUCGAAUUCCCCUCGAGGAUAACAACAAACCAAUCCUCUUUUACAAGUACGUGACGCCUCUGGCAUUCUUACGCUCGAUGACAAACACCCUUAGUGCGACUUAA